UGUCGUUUUUUGCUCUGGCAAGUGAAUAGCAAGGCAAAGGUUUCAACUUAAAACGACACUUGCUUUAAAGCUGAUAUCGGCAUCGGCUGCACAAUAUCCUGAUCAUUGAUACGCUUUCGUUGAGUGCAGAAAAGUGAGAGUACUGAAAGUGCUGAGUACUCUCGCUAAUGACCAAUGUUCUGUAAAAUACGUGAACAGUUCCUUCGUUUUAAAGCUUAAGAAUGCACGUUUACUUCGCGGCUGUCAAAACGGAAGCGGCUAAAAGUUUUUGUAUCUUCCUCGCAACUAUAUUCUGGGUUUCGUUAGUAUGCUUCUUGAAUAACAAAGAAGUUUAUCCAAAAGGAAGAUUCUGCAGGCCGGCGAAUUUUCACCAUAGAUGCUUGCCAUUAUUGUCUGAGACCGUCAUAUUAGGACAAAAAGAAGACAAAGGAUAUUUUGGCCCAAACAAACUCUACCUCAUCGAUGCUACCGAAGCAGCAUGUGGAACCUCCGUUCGGUACAACGGCACUAUAUCUCUGCCGACCAUUGCACUGCUCAGUUCACCCGGCAGCGGCAACACCUGGCUGCGCUGGUUAAUAGAACGGCUUACCGGUAUUUGCACCGGUAGCGUCUACUCCGAUCCAACCGUAAAAAGGGCCGGGUUUCAGUGUGAAGACAGCCAAGUUCGACAGGGCGCCAUUGUGUAUAAGACACACUCGUUGCAACUAUUAAAUGCGACAGCACUGAUUCUCCUUAUUCGUAAUCCCUUCCAUGCCAUACCGGCAGAAUUCCACCGUCUGCUCACGCGAAAUCAAACCGGACACACCACAUUCGACAGCUUUGCAACAAAACGUUUCCGCAAUACAAUCCGGGAAUGGAUGUGGUCAUGGGUAGACAACUCGCUCGGUGCGCUGCGAACGGCUGAGCGGUUACUGGUGAUUUUCUACGAAGAUCUACUGCCACCGGGAAAGCUGGAACAUCAGUUGCAUCGUAUUGCCGAAUUUCUUCAUGUCCGAACAAAUCAUAACAGGAUACGCUGCGUGAUGAAAAAUUCACAAGGUCCAGUGAAGCGAAGGCACGAUGCGGUUACAUCAACCGGAACAAGUCUGACCAAAAUUUUUCCGGAUAACGAACUGACUGUAAUCAGUGUUAUUACUAAGUCUGUUAAAGAAACAUUUUGGCGAGCUGGAAUAUCGAAUUUUCCUAAUUACGAUGAUCUUGGUAAUAUUAAGUGA